GACGUGUCGCCAGGGCCGGACCGCGAGUCUCUCCUUGUGGCGCUACGCUACAGCAGAGUACGAGUCUGAGGCGGAGGGAGUCAUGGCAGGACAAGCGUUCAGAAAGUUUCUUCCACUCUUUGACCGAGUAUUGGUUGAAAGGAGUGCUGCUGAAACUGUAACCAAAGAAGGCAUUAUGCUUCCAGAAAAAUCUCAAGGAAAAAUAUUGCAAGCAACAGUAGUCGCUGUUGGAUUGGGUUCUAAAGGAAACAGUGGAGAGAUUCAACCAAUUAGCAUGAAAGUUGGAGAUAAAGUUCUUCUGCCAGAAUAUGGAGGCACCAAAGUAGUUCUAGAUGACAAGGAUUAUUUCCUAUUUAGAGAUAGUGACAUUCUUGGAAAGUACAUAGACUGAAAUAAGUCCCCGUUGAAAUGGCAUCAACAUGAAGCUGCCCAUUCCACUGAAGUUCUGAAAUCUUUCAUCAUGUAAAUAAUUUCCAUAUUUCUCCUUUAUUAUAAACUAAUGAUAACUAAUGAC